AUGGAAUUCAAAUUAGAAAACAUUGUUUGGAAUGUUUUCCUUGUUGUCUACGCGGAUGAUAUUUCCAGAACUGUGAAUAUUAACACUGCUAUAUCAGUAGGUGUUGCUGUAUUUGUGAUUAUAGUUGGUUUAUUGACAAGUGUCCUGAUUGGAUAUAUGAUUACUGAGCCAUUGAAAUAUUUAGAGAAACAAUUUAUGAAAAUCAAAAAAUUUGAUUUAACAAGUGUUCAUUUUACUUCGAGUAGAUUCAAGGAAAUUGAUGUCAUGUACGAAGAUUUGCAUGAAAUGGUAGUUUGGCUCAAUGAAUUCAAAAGCUUUUUACCAGAAUCCAUUUUUAACCAAUUAAGGAAUAUGGAGAACUCAUCUGAAAGCGGAGAAGAAACUCCAAAACAAAAGAAUAUGGAAAGCCAAGCCAGUGAAUCAAUCAAGAAACAAAUCUCAACCAGAGAAUCCAAAGAUGGCAUCGAAACAUCAAGUAGACUUUCCUCCUCACACGACGGAAGUUUCCGAAACAAUGAAGAUCGAACCUCACUCUUCAAAUUAGGACUCUCAGAAAAGGAAGCAAGUAUUGUCCUUGUAAAGAUCUCUGAAAUGUGUAAGAGCCUCUCCACAAUUGAAAUAGCUCAGUUAUUUUCAAAGAUUGCCUCUGGAUUGAGCGCACUUGCAAAGACCAUGCAAGCCGACUUGCAAAUUCUUAGCAUUGAUCAAUAUCAGAUAUCAUUCGUGACAGGAAAGAAGAAAUCUAACAUUCAGGCUUUGGAAGCAGCUUUGAAAAUAUCCAAAUCAUUAUCGAGCUUUUUAUCAGAUUAUGAAAAAUUGUCAAUUUGUAUUGGAAUUACAACAGGAAAGGCCAAUGUUGGAAAUUUGGGAACCAAUUCUUUGAGAUUCUAUUCGAUUGUUGGUUCUCUACUUUCAAAUGCUGAGAAAUUAUGUACAUUGAGUAGACAUUACAAUAUUCAAAUUCUUGCAGAUUCAAAAUCUUUGGAAUAUGGCGCCAAAACUUUGUUUGUCACUCGUCCAAUGGAAAGAAUUGAGAUAGAGAACGAAAUUUUCCUUCCAAAUAUUUCAACAGUUUAUCAGGUAAUUAAGGAGAAUUCAUUCUCCAAAGAUGAGUGGAUGUAUGAAUUGGAGCAACAAAAGGAAAAUGUCAAGUACAAGAACUUUGAAAAUGCAUUCUCAGUAUUUGAACAAUUAGAUUCGAAUAGUAAUUCAGCAUCCCUAGUAGAAAAAGUCAACCAAUCCAAGAGUUUACUUUACGAACAUUUAGAAAAAUGUCCAGGAGAUUCUCAAAUCACCAACAAUGUUCUCAAUUCAUUAGAUAUGCUCUUUACAAAAGCUUAUAAUGGAAAUAUUGAUUUAAGAAACGGUCUAUUGAAUUACAGAACUAGAAUGGACCAGUCAAUGAGUAAGGUUACACAGGAUAGCUCCUUCAAUAUUGUGGAAAUAUGCAACUCACAACAUGUUAAUAGUUGUUAGAAUGGUGUAGCACAAUUUGCGAGAAUUUUUCAUUAGCAUUUGACAUCCAAAUGUGAUUAAGUAACAAGUAAUAAAAAGUAGGACCUU